AUGGACUCUAGUCGGCCCCUGAGCUCAUUCCGCCUUCUAUCCUUUGAUAUCUAUGGCACCUUGAUCGACUGGGAAACCGGGAUCCAGGAGGCCCUCAAGCCAUUAAGCCAGAGACUAGAUGACGCAAACCCGCUAAAGGCCGACCCGAAAAAGCUGGGAGAUGCAUACAGCAGACAUGAGCGAGCUGUUCAAGUGAAAAAUCCGGGGUUAGCGUACAGCCUUGUUCUCAAGUCGGCAUACGAGAGCCUGGCAAGGGAGCUGCGGUCUCUGCCAGCAUCAGAACAGCUCCUCGACGAAGAGGCAACAGGGUUCGGCAACAGCGUCGGCCGCUGGCCCGCAUUCCCUGACACGGUGGCCGCCAUGCGCCGGCUGAAGCAGAAGGGGUACAAGCUCGUUCCCCUGUCGAACGUGGACGGAGAGUCCUUCUCCAGGACGCUGGCAGGGCCGCUGGCGGGGAUGCGAGAGGGGCUGAGAGAAGACGAGCCCUUCUUCGACGCCGUUUACACCGCACAGGACAUUGGCUCGUACAAGCCAGACCUGCGCAACUUUGAGUAUCUGGUUUCACACGUCAGGUCUGGGUUUGGCGUCGAAGCAUCGGACAUCCUUCACGUCGCGCAGAGUCUGCACCACGACCAUGUACCGGCGAAGGAGAUGGGCCUCAACAGCGUCUGGAUAGCGAGGGGAGGAGGGUCGAGCAGCAUGGGGACCGACGUCACUGAGUAUCUUCACCGGGACAAGGUCGCCUUUGGAUGGCGGUUCAGCGACCUGGGCGGGCUGGCGGACGCUGUCGACUCUUUGCCGGUGUAG